AUGCUGUGCGGUAGAACACACACAAGUGCAAUACUAUCGCUAUGUAAACUGAAUCUGAAACUGCAACUUCGAAGUACAGCUGCCCUUGUCCCGGCCACUGUCCAACAGAGCAGAUCUCUCCAAACGUCCCCAGGUGACUCCCUACAACGGCAAACUGCCUCACAGUCCAAAAUACUGACCCUCCCGAAUGUAAUCACAAUGUCGAGGAUCGCGUUGACGCCACUGAUAGGACACUACAUAUUCACGAGCCAGAUGGGUCCCGCGUUGGGCGUGUUCGCGUACUGCUGUGUCACAGACUUUCUCGACGGGUACAUUGCGCGGAGGUACAAGACGAAUUCAAUAGCAGGUACAAUACUAGACCCAAUAGCGGAUAAAUUGCUGAUGGUGGUGACUACCGUCGCGAUGACUUUCCCGCCAGGACCACAGAUCAUCCCAAUGAGCAUUGCAGGGCUGAUCUUGGGAAGGGACGUCUUGCUGGGACUCAGUGGGGUAGUGGUACGGUACAGAUCCAUUAAAGCAGUGUACAAGAAUGCGCCAUGGAAUAUGUACUGGAAUUUUAUGAAGUUUCCGAGCGUGGAGGUCAAACCCACGGUGAUAUCUAAGUGGAACACUUUCUUACAAAUGAUAUAUUUGGGCGUAGCAGGUGUUUUGCUGAUAAUUAGGGGAUCAGACAGCGAACUACAAGAUCAGGAAGAUACUGAUGUGAAAGUCGGUGGGAAGUACCCCUGGUUAGAACAGGACUUCACUUGGCUGGGAUACGUGGUCGGUGCCACCACAGUAUUGAGCGGCGGAUCCUACAUAUUUAGCAGAAGUGCAAUCAGAUACCUCCCUAGGAUAAAGUAA